GUCUGAAUAUUUCCCUGGAAGACACUCUUUUUUUGACUCUAAGUGCUGGGCCUUAAGCUCGACCGUCCUCAAUUGACCUGCCCGCCCGCAGACUCGUCUCGCCGUCUCGCCGUGCCUUGUCGACGACGCUCUGGUACUCCUUUGCGCACCCGGACGUCAAUAGAGCCUGCAACCUUUCUCAGGUACUGACCGCUUGAGACGCAGGCAUGGCACUCUGCGGGCGCCUGGCACGCCGCACCACCUCCCUCGCGGGACAAUGCAGGUCGCUGAAUCCCUCAAUUGCCUCGAGGGCUUUCACAUCGCGGGCCUCGAGGCCGAUAACAACCUCGUUGCGCACUCAGUAUGAGUCCCCCGCUGCGUACAGACAAUUGCGAGCCUUCUCCAAACUCCCUGCGAAUUGGAAUAAGACUCAGGAGGCGCCCAAUGCCCAGGCAUACCUGAACAGCGGCGCAAUCGCCGGGGCCCGGGAUCUGGUGGACGUGAAGAAGGUGCUGGUCAUUGGCAGUGGUGGUCUUAGCAUCGGCCAAGCAGGAGAAUUCGACUACUCAGGAUCGCAAGCUCUCAAGGCUUUGAAAGAAGCCGGUGUCCGUUCAGUGCUAGUCAACCCCAAUAUUGCGACCAUUCAAACCUCGCACGUGCUCGCCGAUGAAGUCUACUAUCUCCCAGUCACCCCUGAAUACGUCGAAUAUGUGAUCCAGAAAGAGAGGCCUGAUGGAAUCUUCCUCAGCUUUGGUGGUCAGACCGCCCUGAACUUGGGUGUCAAUAUGAACAAGAAGGGCAUCUUUGAGAAGUACGGCGUCAAGGUUCUGGGAACGAGCAUCAAGACGCUCGAGACUAGCGAGGAUCGCGAUCUGUUCGCUCGCGCUCUCAAUGAGAUCAAUAUUCCCAUUGCGGAGUCCAUUGCUGUGUCUACCGUCGACGAGGCGCUUGAUGCCGCCGAGAAGGUCGGAUACCCUAUCAUUGUCCGCGCUGCCUAUGCCCUGGGUGGCCUUGGAUCCGGUUUUGCGAACAAUCCGGAGGAGCUGAGGAACUUGUCUGCCCGCUCUCUGACUCUCUCGCCCCAGAUUCUGGUGGAGAAGUCUCUCAAGGGCUGGAAGGAGGCGGAAUAUGAGGUCGUCCGCGAUGCCAGCGAUAACUGCAUCACUGUCUGCAACAUGGAGAACUUCGAUCCCCUCGGCGUGCACACUGGCGACAGCAUCGUCGUUUCUCCCAGUCAGACUUUCAGCGAUGAGGAAUACCAUAUGCUCCGAUCCGCCUCUAUCAAGAUUGUCCGUCACUUGGGCGUUGUUGGCGAGUGCAAUGUUCAGUACGCGCUUCAGCCCGAUGGCUUGGACUACAGGGUCAUUGAGGUCAACGCUCGUCUCUCUCGUUCGUCUGCUCUUGCUUCCAAGGCUACCGGAUAUCCCCUUGCCUAUACCGCGGCCAAGAUUGGUCUCGGACACACUCUCCCUGAACUUCCCAAUGCUGUUACCAAGACCACGACUGCCAAUUUCGAGCCCAGCUUGGACUACAUCGUCACCAAGAUGCCCCGUUGGGAUCUGAGCAAGUUCCAGAACGUCAAGCGCGAUAUCGGCAGCUCCAUGAAGUCGGUUGGCGAGGUCAUGGCUAUCGGACGUACCUUCGAGGAAUCCUUCCAGAAGGCCUGCCGACAGGUCGACCCCAGGUUCUUGGGUUUCCAGGGCGACAAGUUCGAGAACCUCGACGAGGUGCUCCAAAACCCCACGGACCGUCGCUGGCUGGCCGUCGGUCAGGCCAUGUUCCACGAGGGUUACUCCGUCGACAAGGUGCACGAGCUCACCAAGAUUGACAAGUGGUUCCUGUACAAGCUGCAGAACAUUGUCGACUGCACCCGCGAGCUCGAGGAGAUUGGCAGCCUCUUCGGUCUCAAGAAGGAGGUCAUUCUCAAGGCGAAGAAGCUCGGCUUCUCCGACAAGCAGAUUGCGAAGGCAGUCAACAGCACUGAAGACGAGGUGCGCGCGCGCAGGAAGAGCUUCGGAAUCCGCCCCUGGGUGAAGAGGAUUGAUACUCUGGCUGCAGAGUUCCCCGUGAAAGAUUCGAACUACUUAUAUACCACUUACAACGCCUCAUCGCACGAUGUCACGUUCGAUGACCAUGGUACCCUUGUCCUUGGAAGCGGUGUCUAUCGCAUUGGAAGCUCUGUGGAGUUCGAUUGGUGCGCUGUUCAGGCUACCCUCGCCUUGAAGAACUUGGGUAAGAAGACUGUCAUGAUCAACUACAACCCGGAGACCAUGUCUACCGACUAUGACGUCCCCGAUAAACUCUACUUCGAGGAGCUCAGCUAUGAGCGUGUGAUGGAUAUCUACGAGCUGGAGUCCGCCAGCGGUGUCAUGGUGUCUGUGGGAGGUCAAUUACCCCAGAACAUUGCACUCAAGCUGCAAGAGUCCGGAAAGGCCAAGGUUCUCGGAACGGAUCCCGCCGACAUUGACAAGGCCGAAGAUCGUCACAAGUUCUCCUCCAUUCUGGACUCCAUCGGUGUUGACCAGCCCGCCUGGAAGGAACUCACCUCCUACGAGGAGGCCCAGAAAUUUGCCCAGUCCGUUGGCUACCCCGUCCUUGUCCGUCCCUCGUACGUCCUUUCGGGCGCUGCUAUGACUGUCAUCCGCAGUGAGAGCGAGCUCCGCGACAAGCUCACUGCCGCAGCUGAGGUCUCGCCUGACCAUCCCGUUGUCAUUACCCAGUACAUCGAAGGCGCGCAGGAAAUCGACUGCGAUGCUGUUGCCUCUAACGGAAAACUCCUCGUCCACGCUAUCAGCGAGCACGUUGAAGAUGCGGGUGUCCACUCUGGCGACGCAACCCUGGUCCUGCCACCCGUGAACCUCGACGAGAGCAUCCAGAAGCGGGUCAAGGAAAUCGCUGAGAAGGUCGCCAAGGCCUGGAACAUUACUGGACCUUUCAACAUGCAGAUCAUAAAGGCCUCCGAUCCUGAGGGUGGCGAGCCCAAGCUCAAGGUCAUUGAGUGCAAUCUCCGUGCUUCCCGGUCCUUCCCCUUCGUCAGCAAAGUCCUGGGUACCAACUUCAUCGAUGUAGCUACCAAGGCGCUUGUCGGCCGUGAUGUUCCCGAGCCUGUCGAUCUGAUGGUACAGAAGAGGGAUUACGUCGCCACCAAGGUGCCGCAGUUCUCAUGGACCAGGUUGGCGGGCGCUGACCCCUUCCUGGGCGUCGAGAUGGCUUCGACCGGUGAAAUGGCAUGCUUCGGAAAGGAUCUAAUAGAUGCGUACUGGGCAUCUGUCCAGUCGACCAUGAACUUCCGUCUCCCCCAGCCGGGUGAGGGUCUCCUUUUCGGCGGAUCCAUCGAGACGGACUCCCUUGUACAGAUUGCGAAGUAUGUCAACCCUCUCGGCUACAAGUUCUACGCCGCGAACAACGAGGUCAAGGAAUUCCUCGAGAGUAAGGCCGGUGUCAAUGUGGAGGUGAUUGACUUCCCCAAGGAGGAUAAGAGGGCGCUUAGGGAAGUCUUUGAGAAGUACGACAUCAAGGGUGUGUUCAACCUUGCCAAGUACAGGGCCAGCUCGUUGGUGGACGAGGACUACGUCAUGAGGAGGAAUGCAGUCGACUUUGGUGUCCCGCUCUUCAUGGAGCCAAAGACUGCCGUCCUCUUCGCCAGAUGUAUGAGCGAGAAGCUCCCCAAGAAGGAGGGCAUCCCCAGCGAAGUGCGGUCGUGGAGCGACUUUGUCGGCGGAAGGCCGUUAUAAGAAAAUGGUCCGUCGUACGGAGGAGGAAUAAGAAGAUAGAGACAUUCAGCGAAGCAAGAAGCAAUAUACCCUGUGGGUAUUAAGAGAAGAGCAGCAUCCGAACAGCGAAAGCGUUCUUGUACAAAACCAUUGUGGGCCAGUUUUUCCUCCAAGUUUCCAAGGUGGGAGUUUUGGAGCCUUGGUCUAAACGAUCUGCUAAAGUGUAGGUAGGUAGCGAGGAACGAGUGUUACUUGCGGGUGUAUGUUUAUGUAAUUCUGAUAUCAAUACAUAUAAGUAUGGUCAAAAUUGAC